CAAGGCCAGACAUAGGAGAUUUUUAAAGGUUGAAUUUUGAUAUUUCCUAUCAUCAGCUCCUCCUUCAUAUCUCUCACUCAUAUUCAUUCACUGGAGGGACGGUUCUUGAUGCCCGAAAGGUCCCGGUCCUUUUUGUCUGUUCUUUGAACUCUUUGGUUAUUGACAGGUCUUUCUGUGGUUCAUCACAAACCCAGAAUUUUAUAAAUCUCUAAAACCCAUUUCAACCUCCAUUCCUAAGACAUGUUUGCAGUCGCCUGAAAUUAUAAAGUGGGUGGGGGGUAUAUGGCAUCACUCGCAAGAGCUUUCUGGUCUUCCCCUCAUUUUGUUUCGAGUACUUCUUCAGAUAAGAAAUCGUCUCGAUUUGGAAUCCGGGUACAGAAGGGUGAUUCAGCAGUCGCUUCUGAGGAUUCAAUUGGGGUGGAAAGAGAGAGUUUGAGGUCCUUUAUAGAUGUUGGAAAUGGUAAACCGGGUUUAACAUCUUUGAGGAAGAGAAAAGAGAGUACUAUUGCAGAGAAAUUGGGAGCAUUGUGGGAUGAUGGUUAUGGUAGUAAUACUAUAAAGGAUUAUCUUGACAAUGCAAAAGAUUUCAUUAAACCGGACGGUGGACCGCCUCGUUGGUUUUGUCCUAUUGAGUGUGGACAGCCAUUGAAAAAUUCACCCAUUCUUCUCUUUUUACCUGGAAUGGAUGGUCUUGGCUUAGGCCUACUUUUACACCAUAAGGCUUUGGGGAAAGUCUUUGAGGUGCGAUGCCUGCAUAUUCCUGUUUACGACCGAACGCCAUUUGAAGGUCUGGUAAAGUUUGUUGAGAAUAGUUUGAGAACUGAACACGCUUCAUCACCAGACAAGCCAAUUUAUCUAGUGGGUGAUUCAUUUGGAGGUUGCCUAGCACUUACUGUUGCUGCUCGUAAUCCAAAUAUUGAUCUUGUAGUAGUAUUAGCAAAUCCAGCAUCGUCUUUUGGAAGAUCACAGCUGUCACCUUUGUUACCCUUGUUGGAGGCAAUGCCUGAUGAAAUUCAUUUCACCAUUCCUUACCUUCUUAGUUUUGUUAUGGGUGAACCUUUUAAGAUGGCCACAGUGAGUAUUGAGAGAGGAAUCCCUCCUACAGUUGCGCUACAACGCUUCUCUGACAAUCUAACUGCUUUGCUUCCUCGGCUUUCUGCAUUGUCUGAUAUUAUUCCAAAAGAAACUCUUCUUUGGAAACUGAAACUACUCAAGUCAGCUGCUGCUUAUACUAAUUCCCGUCUCCAUUCCAUUACUGCCGAAGUACUCGUACUUGCUGGUGGCAAAGAUAACAUGCUUCCCAGUGGAAAUGAAGCUGUAAGGCUUCGGAAUUCAAUUAAAAACUGCAGCACUCGCUACUUCAAGGACAACGGACAUACUAUCCUAUUGGAAGAUGGUGUGAAUCUCUUGACUAUGAUCAAAGCAACCUGCAAGUACCGCCGUUCAAGGAAGCAUGAUUUUGUCACAGAUUUCAUUCCUCCAAGCCAUACAGAAUUUCAAAAUACCCUUCAAAAUAAUUGGCUGCUUAAUUUUGCUACUAGUCCAGUAAUGCUCUCAACUAUGGAAGAUGGAAAAAUAGUAAGAGGCCUUGCGGGUGUUCCUGAUGAAGGCCCUGUUUUGUUAGUUGGAUAUCACAUGCUCAUGGGGUUGGAAUUGGUUCCUCUUAUUGAAGGAUUCUUGCUUGAGAAGAAUGUUCUAGUUCGUGGCAUUGCACACCCGGAGCUGUUUAGCGAUAGGGCCGAGAUUCAAAGCAAGGAGUUUUCCUUUAUUGACAUGAUGAAAGUAUAUGGGGCCUUGCCCGUCUCUGCUAGCAACAUGUUCAAGUUAUUCUCGACUAAAUCUCAUGUGCUUCUUUAUCCCGGUGGUGCACUUGAGGCUCUCCAUCGUAAGGGUGACGAAUAUAAGCUAUCUUGGCCUGAUCAACCUGAAUUUGUAAGGAUGGCUGCAAGAUUUGGAGCCACAAUAGUACCUUUCGGGGUUGUUGGAGAAGAUGACUUGGCAGAAUUAGUUCUCGACUAUGAUGACAUGAUAAAAAUCCCUGUACUUGGUGAUUACUUAAAAAGCAGUCAGGAUCAUACGAAAUUCAGAGAUGUAUUGGGUGAAGAUAGAGCCAAUCAAGAACUGUAUAUUCCGGGAAUUUUGCCCAAGAUACCUGGACGGAUUUACUUUCUAUUCGGGAAGCCUAUCCAAACGAAAGGAAAGGAAUAUGUUCUUAAAGAUAGAGAGAACGCAAGAGAAGUAUACUUGCAGAUAAAAUCCGAGGUUGAAGGAAACAUGGCUUACUUGAUAAAGAAACGCGAAGAAGACCCUUAUAGGGGUGUUUUUGAGAGGGUAUUCCAUCAAGCAAAUUCCACUCCAGGAAGUUCAACUCCAACAUUUGAGCCAUGAUUCAUUUGUCUCUACAGAAUGCAUAUUCUUUGUGCCUUGAAAUUAAUUAUUCUAAACUUGGUGUUGUAUAGAAUUAUUUCAUGUAGAAAAAAGUUAGAAGAAUUAAAGGUUAUUUCAUAUGUUGAAGAAUAAUGAAAGGAUCAACCUUUGUUUUAAAUUAGUCUAAGUUAGUGUUCAUUUGCUA